AUGCAUCGCGAGAUUUUUGUCACAACAGGAGCAACAGCCGAUUUCCAAGACCUACUGGCUAACGCCGUCUCGAAUGAAACACUUCAAGCCCUAUCUGAUCUCUCCUUCACUCAUCUGACAAUCCAAGGAGGGAAACUGGGCGACUACUUCCAAGAGAUCAAACCAGAAAAUACUAGGGGAAUUAAUAUCAGAUUUUUUGAUUUCAACAAGAAUGGACUGCAGCAAGAGAUGAAAGCUUGUCAGGCGAGGGAGGGUGUUUCUGAGGAAGGGUUGGUGGUUUGUCACGCUGGAGCUGGUACGAUACUCGAUGCUAUGCGUCUAGGGUUACCGUUGGUGGUUGUUCCAAAUGUGUCGCUUUUGGACAAUCAUCAAGAGGAAUUGGCGGAUGAGCUAGAGAGACAAGGUUAUGUGGUAAAAUCCGAUACCAAAGACCUGGCAGCUGCAAUCAAGAAAUCUACUCAGAUAUCGAGAAAGACAUGGGGUACCUCCACAAACGAGAGGGGUGGCAUUGCACCCAUAGCCGACAAGUUAAUUGGAUAUGAAGAGGAGGUGAAAGGACGAUUGGAUUGA